AUGGGCGAGUUUUUCCCCAGGCCCGUGGAGGUGGGUGAGGGGCGACGCUCCACUUCCGGGCUGCUGGGUCAAGAUUCGUCACGUCACAUUGGCCGGUCCGCCUCCCGAAAAAACCUGCGCGCAUUCCCCCGCCUCCACCUCCGCGGGAAUAAGACUUAUUUACAUAUUGAUGAGGGCAAAGACGCGCAGCGUCAGGCGGGACGUGGUGACGCCACCGCGCCCCUCACAGACGGAGAGGCGCGUGCGCACAGGCUCCCACCCCGUCAACCGCUAACCGGCACGCCAGUGACGUGCGCGUGCGCCGAGGGUCCACGCCCGGCUGUCCCCCGGCCUGGCCGUGACGCACGUGCGGCCGCCAAGAUGGUGGUGGGCGCGUUCCCAAUGGCGAAGCUGCUGUACCUGGGCGUGCGGCAGUUGAGCAAGCCGCUAGCCCAAAGGAUUAAGGAGGGGGCGCGCCGGAGCCACUUCUUUCGGACCUACAUCUGCCUGCCACCCGCCCAGCUGUACCACUGGGUGGAAAUGCGGACAAAGAUGCGGAUCCUGGGCUUCCGAGGAGCCACAAUUAAACCCCUCAACGAGGAGGCCGCAGCAGAACUCGGGGCUGAGCUGCUGGGCGAAGCCACCAUCUUCCUGGUGGGCGGCACCUGCCUGGUCCUUGAGUACAUCCGUCAAUCUGGCCACACCCGACGCAAGGAGGAAGAGCAGCGUCAGACCUUGGAAUCACUUCAGGUUGAGCUGACCACCCUAGCCUUGACUGUGGAAGCCCUGCAGACACAGCAGAGAGAGGUCUCCCGCCACCUGGGGACCAUCGAUGAGCUACGGACCCAGGUCAAAGAGCUCAAGGAACUACUAGACAAAAAGGGGAAAUAGAAGCUUCCCUGACCAGUUACCCGGGGACUGGUUCCCUUGGAUGCUGCCAUCAUCUGCCCUCUGCACACUGCCCCCUGCUGGCGGCAUGUUCUUUUGGGCCCCCUUGAAUGGGAUGCUUGGCCAGCACCCAUGGUACCUCCUUUUGGAGUGCACCACUUCUUGUGGCAUUUGAUGGUCCUGUGUGACAUUUCCCACCCCCACCCCCACCCCCCUGGUCUUCUUGUUUCUUAUUAUGGGAUUGGCCACUUUCUACUUCAUGUUCCAUUGGCAUCCCCCUGGGAGUAAAGAAUUGGUCAUUGUGCUGCCAUCCAGAAGUCAUCUCCACCUCCUGCCCCCUCAGCCCUCCUCACAUUGAAAUCUUCUCUCCCAGUUCCUCAAACCCAUUCCCUUAUACCAGGCAUCCCCUCACCUUUCUUCCCUUUCUCUGUGGCAUAUUAAGAAGCCUCCACUCCAGCAAGGUGGGUUAUUCCCAUUGGACCUGCCCCCUCCAUAUCCCUGCCCCUUGGAUCCAAUCAUGUGGUGGUCCAGCUUGACAUUUCUACUCCCCUGCCACCCUUUUUUGGUCCAUGGAGAACUCCUAUCUCUUGGGGGUAUUUCAGUGGAGAUCUCUUAUCCCAGACCAGCCUUCCUUGGGUUAUCUUGAUUAUUGGAAUGGGAUGGUCUCAUGUGGCCUUUUCUCUUGGAUUGGGUCUGUGAAUCCAUACCCUGCUCACCACUGGUAGCAACCCAUCCCUACCCAGCCUCCUGUUCCCCACUCCCCCUCCCUAGGACUCCACCUUUUCCCAAGAUUCUCCUUCUAGCCCAUUGCUAUGACACUGGACAUGAAAUAUUUCCAAAUAUCAUUCUUCACUCCCCCAGGCUGACAUCAGCAAGUAAUCCAUGCCCACCCUAAAUCCCAGACAAAAGGUUCUGCUCCUCUUCCCCCCUCCCAGAUAUAUGGAGCUCUUGUUUUCCCAAUGGAAUGUCAUACAGUGCUUCUCUGCCUUCCCACAGGGCAGGAGCCACCGCUUCAUUGCUUUCUGGCAGUGGCAGUGUGGAGGGGGGAGAUUAUCUCCCGACUGGUGGUUGCUCCCACCUUUCCAUGAAAGAAUCUGCCAAUGAUAUUGGAGGCAGAGGGGCAGAGGGCAGGGAUCUUCCAGGUCUGACUCUAUUUUUUAUGACUGUAAAUACUUCACAAUUAAAGGAGGGGAGGGCCUUGGCCUCAGAAAUCACUCAAUACA